GUAUGUUAUCAACUUAUCGGCCUCGAUUAAUGAUUAUCGGUGGUAGAUUUCUGUAUGAAAUCUAGGCACCCCAACUAUGAUAUGUCAUCUAUAAUCUACGCGCUACCCAGGUGACAUAUACUUUACUCCUUUUGCUCUCCGGUCAUGUCUGGGGAUAUUACUGCGGAGGAGCCUCCGCCGGAGGUUCACCAUUACAGCCAUGUGGGAGAAGUUCCCUGGGAUAUUCAGAACUAUUGGGCACAGCGCUAUAGAAUCUUCUCCAAGUAUGACGAAGGCGUAUGGCUGACAGACGAUGCAUGGUUUGGUGUUACUCCUGAGCCGGUCGCUAAUAAAAUAGCUGAGCAUAUUGCCAGCGCUGCACCAGCGUCUCGCAGUGUCUUAGUCGAUGCUUUUGCUGGAGCGGGUGGGAAUACCAUUGCUUUUGCCCUAUCCGGUCGCUGGAAACGCGUUUAUGCGAUCGAGAAAAAUCCCGCCGUCUUGAAGUGCGCAAAGCACAAUGCGAAGAUCUAUGGCGUCGAUCACAAAAUUACCUGGUUUGAGGGCGACAGUCUUCAGAUCGUGAAUGAUCAACUCAAGGAACUGGGCCCAUACAGUGUUCUGUUUGCAAGCCCUCCAUGGGGUGGCCCUGGCUAUCGUUCCGACACGAUAUUCAACCUUCGCACGAUGGAACCGUAUUCCUUGUCCACGUUGUACGGCGAAUAUGCUUUGUUUACUGAGCAUAUAGUACUCUAUCUUCCUCGGACCUCGGACCUAAAGCAGCUCGCGAAACUAGUGAAGGAUGGCGAAAAGGCGACCGUGAUGCAUUAUUGCAUGGAAGGUGCUAGCAAGGCACUCUGCAUCUAUUACGGCGGGUUUAAGCUCGAAUAACUCGAACACUUCUUGUCUCUUGGCUUGUAUUGAUUACUAUGACGGAGUUACUGUUGGAUAGGGAUGUACGGUCAUUUCCGAGUCUCAGUCGCCACCGAGACUAUUUGGAUCCUAGUGUACAGUAUGGUUAACAAUAGAUUCCCUAGAAUUAAU